UGAAAAGUCAGAUUCGUGCAUAAGAUGGAAGGAAAGAUGGCAGCAAAAGGGACACAACCCUUUGACUUUUGCGCUGUCAAAUCCAAGACACCGACCAGGAGCCCGAGGCUCUAUUAAAUUUCUCUCGCACCGACUUGAACUACUGAGUUUCUUAAUUUCCACAGGUGACAAGUUGGUUCAAUACAUCACACAGUGUACUACUGUAUAUUAUACGGUGCCUGCAUCAUACACUACCGGAGGUUGACAGUGUUCAGCUUUCUCUGCGUGCAGACAGUCAAAAAAGAUUUGAUUGGCGUGGACACCGAUCGGCAGGAAUGCUACACUCUUUCUUGUCCGUGAUGGAUCUCAUCAAAAGUUGUUCCAUUUUCUGCAAUUUGUCAUUUAUGGAUGGGAGGAAGAUGCAAUGAAGACUGCGACUGGACCGGUGUGCAGAAUGGACCAAGAAUUCUGCUGAUCGAGCUACUGGGAUAUCAUGAAUUGCAGGCUUAUUGUGGAGAUUUGACUGUCAAGCGAGUCAUUUCAGAUAAUGCAACAAGAGACCAAUCUCAACACAUUUUUGGAAAACAUGGAGUACGAGCGAAAGAGAUAUUGCAACUUGUUGAAGGACAGAUGGACAGGAAGGUGAGGAGGAGGGUUUAGGGUUAAUAGAUAGGCCAGCUUAGUAGCCAUUCCUCAUGGUUAUGAGACUAGAUCACUUCUGAAGAGGUAUUCUUUAAGAAACUCAUUAGGAGGAAGAGGAGAGGCACGUUGUGUUGGUCAGAUUGCAAGCGAAUACGCCAACGUUCUACAACAUGGCGGACAAGGUGCAGGUGUGUGUCUUUGACAUGAGCAGAGGACAGAUUGAAGGUCAGGAGCUUGACAAAAUUUUGUUCUUUUCUCCUGCCAACUGUCCACUCCCUUCACAGCUGUCAGUUGUUGGUCUCAGUGAAGGCCUCAUCACUUUCACCAGGAUCUUCUCGCCACUUUCGCCAUGUGAGUUAAUGGAAGCAGAGCGGCACACUCAUGUUUUCCAUCAAUGCGAGCCAGAUCUGUGGAUAGUCAUGGUGGUGGAGAAGAGUAAAGAGACUGAGGAGGCACUUCGUGAAGGUGCACUACGUGCAGUUUUGAAGGAUGCACACAACCUGUUCGUCUUGUUCUAUGGAUCCUUAAGAGCUCUCCUUCAGUCCCAUCCUAGGGGUGAUGUUGCACGGAGCUGUCUCCAUGCCUUCUUUCCGGACUACCUUUCUGAUUUUAUGACCGGGAAAAAGUUCCGCAUCCCAUCUAUUUCUGAAUCAUUGACCCACCGAGGAACUGUUCAGCUCUUUUCUCCUCAACGAGAAACACUGUUGGAGGCUCAGUCACUUCAAGAGCUUUUGAAAUCAUGGUCUGGCGGGGGAAUGGUUCGACAUGUCAUGAUUCUGUUUCAUAAUAUCUUGUUAUCGAGCACCCUUUCCCCGGCAGAUACGACAACGCUUUUUCUGUAUGCCACUCUGCGUAUGAUGCCAUCCUCACUGUCUCAGGCACCAAGGAGCCGAUCUUCUUCCCGAAGAGAGAACCCUGCAGCUGGACCUGCUGGUCUGCUGGCCAGCAAUCUCAACAAUGCUCUAGGUCCAUCAAGAUUACGCAACCUGUUCACUAACUUGACUACAAGUCCGUCGUCUGAUGUGGUGCCUAAUCCUCAUAUUUCAGACGCACAUGACUCUUCAGUUGAUGAUCAAGGUACAAGAUCGUCUGUUCCUCGACCACUAGUACACGAAGGUUGGUGGCGAGAUGCCGAUAAUUUCUUAUGCACGGAUGCGUGGGGAUCAGAAACGGGAAGAAGCAAAAUGCUUCCAAAUGUCACGCUUCGGCAGUCAGAGGAACGGCUCAAUCUCUGUGUUUACCAGUUCAGGUCACUUACUCUUGUGAUGCUUGUCCCAAAAUCUGGUGGCUCUGAUCUCAUACCAAACCUACAAGGACAACUACUUGAGAAGGCAGCACAUAAGAUACAGAAAUUGGAAGAGAAGGUGGUGAAGGAAUGGCCAGGGAGCAACGCCUGGCAUGUAGCAGGCUACAGAUACCUAUACAACGACUCCAACAACAAAGUAUCCAGAUUCUCACCAGCUAGUAAAGUGGCCACACUUUCACUGGAGUCGUUGGCUGCACUCAACCGCAUAAGACAAGAGAUUGAUCUAGAAACGGGGCGAUCAGAAAGGAGUUCUUCCAUGGAGGACAGAGAGUUGGAACUUUGUGUGAGAACUAAGCAAAAUGCCUGGGUAAUAGUACGGACUCGAGGUGGACUUGAACUUUAUACUGUCCUCGAGAAGGCCAGUAACACUUUGUUGCUGGCCUGUGAUGCCGUGGAGAAACUUAGCAAGCGAUACUUCAACGGGAGUUUUUCAUCUGAUUAAUCAGUUUCUGCCUCCUCCGACUUCAUUCUUCUGCAGUCUACCUGGACACUGAGCGACUUUCAGAAUCUUCUUUUCCGUCCAUUUUCAAACUGCAACAUUGUUUUCAGGAUACUGUCCUCACUCCUUGAUACUGCUCUUGUUGGAUCAAGAAAAAAUCAAGAAAGACGAGAGCAUCAAUGUGUACAAGGUCGGUCAGUUGUUUAUCCACAGCUUUAUUCUUUUAGCAGAUGGCCAGUCGAGGAUGGUCGAAAAUAGUACCCCUAACAAUCAGAUGAGUUCCAUCUGAGCAGAGUUUUCAACUUUUCAAUUAUCGUUUGACAUUUUUUAGUUCCAAGUUAGUGGUCCUCCUAAAACUGCAUGCUUUCAUUACGACCCAACAAUUCACCUAGCUAGAUCAGGCGAAAAAUCUACCAGAGGCUAUUUCUACCAUCUUUCAGCUGCAAGAUUUUUGCUUCCGUUUACUCGGGAGCACAUAGAUCGAGGAUGAACUUGAUUUCACUUUUGUACAGUUUUGUGAUGUACUUAUAACCUCGACCACACAUUGUGGCGUUCACGUACAUUACGAAUGGGCUUACAGAGGGCAAUGGCGUUACAUCUAGAGACAGAGUGUACAAAAGAUAUGCAGCUAGCUCCCUGGCCAUCUUGAUGCUUACCUCGAAGAGUACUUCAGUACCUGACUUUGUGAGAGGUGCUCAACGUGUAGGAUGUAUGUUUGACCCCAACGUUCUCGUUGGACAUGUAGGAUUGAACAUUUGCGGCUUUUGUUACAGAGCUUCUUUUAUGUCUCCAAGUAUUUGUCAUGUCUGUUCUAUCCGCUGCUCUGCUCAUCUUCGAAUAUUGCUUGACCACAAGUUGUGGUUGCACCUGUGUAAAUCACGGAUCACUAUUCCUCGCCAAGAUCGAAAAAAAGGACAAUUAAUCAUCGUUAUGAGGCUUACAUGAAGAUGUACGGAAGUUGGCUACUUCUAGGAGAAGUUGCCGCUCGUUACGGUGUCGACUCAUGAUAGUCAAGAAGGAUGUCACUGGAGUGUAGGAACUAACCUGCGGGUAUGAGUUCGUAGAUAUGCUCAGUCUGGAUCAUACUGUCCAGCUUGCAUCCAGGUGUUACGUAAACGUGCAGCGGACAGGGAAAUAGGAAACUUGAUCGUUCAGUUGUCUUUUUCUCAUCUUUUCAAAACAUUAAACAAAUAUUAUUACUUUGUUUCAAGU